GAUUGGAAAAAGAAUAUAGGAUGAUAUGGUGGUGACAUAGAAAUCAUUUCAGAGGAGGCCUGGUUUUGGAUUAUUAUGUGUUUAUGGUGUCCUCAAUCUCAUGAGUAUAAAGAAACAAAACUUUUACUGGUGGGGACUUUGAGCCUAGCAGCAACUAGCAACCAAACAGAUAUAAUGGCAAGCAUCAAAGCAGCCCCAAAAAGAAAAAAAUGGAAGGAGAGGGAAAAAGUUCACAUCCUUUUUCCACUAUCAUUCUCUCCCCUUUUCUUCUUCUUCUUCUUUUCCUUUUCUUUUUUUUUUUUUAUUUUUUAAUCCAGAAAAUGAACCUAUAUGUAUGUGUCGAAUUUAAAAACUUCACUUUCAAUUUUUUUUAAUCAAUCAAAAGGAUUAGUUCUUCAAGUUUUCCUUAUAAUUAGUAUUAAUUAUAGAAUUUAUUUUGGCCGAAAGAUUUAGAGUUUUGACUUUUCUUUCAACUAAGAUCAUUUAAAUUAUCAGUUUUUCCAGUGAGAGAUGCUAAAGGGCCAAAAGUAAUGAUGCUCAACCAUUUGGCUCCAUUAAAUAAAGAAGUAAAAAUUUUAAAAAGAAAUUCUUAGGGUGAAAACUGAAAACCCCACAUUUACUAUAGUACGCCCUAGUUGAGUUCUUUAAUUUCCUAAUGUUAAUGACUGCACCUAUAACAUCAGGUUUUUUUUUGUUUGUUUGUCAAUGAAAAAAAUUGAAAGCUUUGAAGCUUAUUGUAGCUUUGGCCUUUGUGGUUAAUGGGUAUCUAUCAAUCAUGAGAAAUUCAUAAACAAAUGAUUGAAGAAAAGAUAUUUUCUAUUUUACAAACCUGGAUUAUUCUUUCUAGUUUUCAGUAAUAUUCUUGAGAGCUGUUGUUGAUUGUUGUUUUUGUUGUUGAUAGUUUAGUAUUUUUUUCCUUUAAAAAAAAAAAAAAACUUUAUUUUUAAAGCCAGUGCCCACAAGCAUAGAUUCUCUCUAUGUUGCAAAUCUCAGAGCUUCACCUCUUUCCUAGCUGGUUGGCUCAGGAAUGGAUGAUUGUGCUCUUCUCUGCUUGGAUUGUGUCUGUUCUUGAAAAGAUUUUCUGCUUUUUUUCUUCUUGUCCUUUUUACCCUCUCCUUUUAAUGGAUGCCUUCCUCUUUUUUGAGUUUCUAUUUGGUUUUAGACACCAAUAUAUUGCUGGUGUACACACUACAUAUUAAUUAGUAGUAGUGAUAGAUUUGCAUAUUCACCUGUUUUAUUCCUUUUUCCACUCUAUAAAUAGGUAUUAUUUUGCUGGAUGUUCUUCAUUGCAGCAGCACCUCCUCUUCAGUUGUUAUUCAUUGCUAAUAGGUUGGCUGGCUGUUUAGUUGCAUCACCAAAAUGAGCUAUCAACAACAUCCUUCUGUGGGUUCUGGUAGUAGAACUGCCAGAAGAACUUUUGAGUUUGGGAGGACUUAUGUGGUGAGGCCUAAAGGGAAACAUCAAGCCACUAUUGUCUGGUUGCACGGUCUUGGUGAUAAUGGCUCAAGCUGGUCCCAGCUCCUGGAAAGCCUUCCUCUUCCAAAUAUUAAAUGGAUUUGUCCAACUGCUCCAACACGUCCGGUGGCACUUCUGGGUGGAUUUCCUUGCACUGCAUGGUUUGAUGUGGGAGAGAUAUCAGAAAAUAGUCCAGAUGAUUGGGAAGGUUUAGAUGCGUCAGCAGCACAUAUUGCAAAUUUACUGUCAACAGAGCCAACUGAUGUUAAAGUCGGCAUCGGAGGCUUCAGUAUGGGUGCUGCAAUAGCACUUUACUCUGCAACUUGUGCUGCCCUGGGACGAUAUGGUAAUGGCAACCUGUACCCUAUUAACCUCAGGGCAGUUGUUGGUCUAAGUGGCUGGCUUCCUGGUUCAAGGAGCUUAAGGAGCAAAAUAGAAGGGCUGAAUGAAGCUGUGAGGCGUGCUGCAUCCUUGCCGAUUUUGCUGUGUCAUGGAACAAGUGAUGAUGUGGUCUCCUAUAAUUAUGGAGAGAAAUCUGCUCACUCCUUAAAUACUGCAGGCUUUCGACAUCUCACAUUCAAACCAUACGAAGGGCUUGGGCAUUACACAGUUCCUAAAGAAAUGGAUGAGGUUCGUAAUUGGCUGUCAGCAAAACUGAACCUUGAGGGAUCACGCGCAUAGAACAAGCACAUAAUGGACUUGUAGUUGGAGCUAAAGAGGAUGAAAAUAGGGAUCAAUAAUGUGAGAAGGGAAAGAAACGGAUUUGUAUAAGUAGGUAGUAAAUAGAAUGGGUAUAUGGUAUAGAUAACCCUCCUAAUUCCCUUUUUGUCUCCUUUCCUCUCCUGAAGAAUAAAGCUUGGGAUGUCUUUUAUUUUUUUUACUUUGCUUGUAGAAUUUAGCAGUAAUAUAAGUAGCAAGUUUUGCUCAUCGAGCAUUUUGUAUUAGCUUGAUAUAAUGUUUCAAUCUACUAGUUUGGCUCAUAA